AUGACUUCUCAACCCGAAAACUCUAACACAUCGGCGCCGCUCGAGGGCUUCGCUCGUCUUGAGCCCGCUAUGACCAUCAGCUGCGAACUGGUCGGUCAAUUCCCUUGUGGCGACAUCCACACUGGUUCGACUCUCGCUUGCGUGCCAUUCUCCGGCGGUUACAUCCGCUCUGUCGAGGGUUUCGAGCCUAAGGUUGACUUCACUAUCAAAGCAGGACACGAUUGGUUCCGUGUCGAUGCCGACAAGAAGUUCGGGCGCCUUUCUAUCUCCGCCGUCGCUGCUGAUGCCGAAGGUCAGGCUCUGAGAGUCAUUGCUGACGGCAUUACUGACCUCAACGAGCACACUUUGCCGUUGCUUCUGGGAGACCCGAACGCUAAAACCAACCCUUUUGGCUUCGGAGUUAAUCAUAUGCGGUUUGAGACUGGGCACGAGCCCUAUAAGCCUCUCGAAGGCAUGAUGUUUGCUUCCAGUCAGCGCUUCGUGAAAGACGAGAAGACCGGCGCCAUGAUUGCUGAGCUCCGACUCUCGCGGAUUAUUCCUGGUUCUGGGUACCAGUGA